AUGACAACUCAAGAAUUUCCUUCAACUACCUCCGCUUCCGAUAAUAACGACAACAUUAAUGAUAUUAAUGUAAAUCAUAACAAUGAUAGCAGCACUACAACAUAUCAUAAUGCUGAUUCCACUGUAGAAUAUAACAAUUCUUUGAGUGGUCUUGACAAGGAAGACGAUGCAGAACAAAUCAUUAACUUGUUAGAUAAUGAUAAUGAAGAAAAUGAGAUUUUUUUAAUGGACAUCGAGAAUGUGGUCACCUCUCAUUACGACAAUAUUAAACAAGGAUAUAUUAAUGAACGUUGUGCCCCGGAUUUGUUGCCUUAUCUGAAGAACGACGUCGAACAGUUACUUUCUUCUUUAAAACAAUUAAAUAUCAGAGAAACGCAAAUUCGUCAAACUCGAAUGAGGCGUGUAACCGAAAAAGAUCUCGUGGAAUUAAUGGAUAAAGAACGCGCGUAUCAUUAUUUAAGAUGUUAUCUAAGAACAAGAUUGACAAAGAUUGAGUCACAAUGCGCGCUUAUUCUUAAACGAAAUGAAUAUGUUGAUCGACUAUCCGACGCUGAAAAAAUAUUUGCGCUCGAUUAUAUGAAUAUGAUUAAUAAACACUUUGAUGAUUUAGUCUGGAAGAAUAUACCAGUAGAGUUGCGAGAAAAGGAGUCGGAUUUACUCGUAUCGCUAGACUUAUCGAGAAUUAUAUUCUGUCGAGUGAAAGAGGAUCUGGGCGAAUUAAGCGUAUCCGAUAACAAUAGUUCUCAGGAUACUAUCAAACUGGAGAAAGAUGGGAUCUAUGCACUUCGCUAUGAAACGAUUUCUUCUUAUCUGAUUGAUGGCUCGAUUGAAUUAUUGUAG